AUGGCGAAACUCUCCGAACUACCUGCCGGUGUCCUGUCGAUCAUUCUGGAGUACCUAAGCAGGCACGACUAUUAUGAUGUUUUGAGAGUAUCCAGGCUACUCUAUAGGGAGACAUUGCCAUUCGUUUACCGCGACGUCAAGUUUGAGGCGACGAAAUCCCGCAGUUGCGCCCGGAAACUUGCGCUUCUUCUCCGAACUCUUCUCGAGCAGCCGCGAUUGUCAUCGUAUGUCAGAAUCUUCAAGCUUCGCGGACCUCUCCCCUUCUGGACGAAAUACAACCCGUGGCCGGAGGAUUCAAAGGCCGGCCCUGCAUCGGUCAACCUGUGGGGGUUGAAAGGAUGUACAACCCUGUCAAAGUCGCAGAAGAUCUUCGCCUCGAACGAAAUCUACUCCUUCGUGGACGAGAGCAUGCACAAAGAGCAGGACCAAUUCAAGAACCGUAGCAAGGACGCGUUGGCUACGCUAGUGAUGACUCGCUUCACUGAAUUAAAAACGUUGGAUCUUGGAGAUGGAUUUCUAAUGCACUCGCUUUUCCUUCCGCAGGUCCUUAAACGCGCUCCCCGCUUGUUUCCCCGGCUCGAGCACGUAGUAUUAGGCGAUAAGAGAUUCGAUCCUGAGAACUCAGUGUCAUAUAUGGACCUGGACCUCAUCCGGCCAGUGUUCUACUCCGACACCGUCCGCACAUUCGAAUACCUAAUGACGCAACCGUGGCAGCUCAACUGGAACCGCCCUGUAGCUCCCCGCAACGAGACCCUAACCAUGCUCCGCCUCUUCAGAACAAACAUCACGAGAGGCACCCUCGACCAACUCCUCCACGCCACCCCCCACCUAAAGCGCUUCCACUACGAGCAAGAAAUCCUCUACAACGCCCACACCCCGCCGCUCCCCCUGUCUCCCUACCUCAAUCUAGACGGCCUCAACAUCGCACUCUCGAACCUCAAAAACACCCUCCAGGAAUGCAAAUUGACUGUCACCCUCGCACCUGGCUCGCUCUCCCCCGCCGAAAUCAAACUCCAAGGCUUCCAGUUCCCAGCCAUACAAGGCACCCUCGCGGUACUCAAGGACAUGCAGAACCUAGUCAACGUGGAAGUCCCAAUGGUCAUGUUCCUCGGGUGGGCGCCUGAGUUCGCGGCGGCGCUCGAGGAAGUGCUCCUUGGGGAAUCCGGCGGCUCACGCUGCGGGACGACUUCUUGCUGCACUGUCCGUGGGCGACGGGGCACGCUAUGA